AUGCCUCCAUAUGAAGUCUCACUGAUCACGCGGUCUCUAUCGAAGGCAGAUCUUGUGAAAACGUUAGUAAGAGCUGGAAAGACGUUGCUGAAUCACGGGGCUGUGAUUGAGGGCGUUGAAUCUCUUGGAUAUCGUGAUUUGCCGUACAAACGAACUGCAAAGCAGACCCAUGAGCCCAUUUAUGCUUCCAAUUUCUUUCUUUUCCGCACGCAUAUGUCUACAAAAGCAAGAGAAACUACCAAAUCGAUCUUCAUGCAUGAUCUCGACAUGGUCCAUGUUGCGGUUGUUCCUGUAACUCCACCUACUCCUGUAAAAUGUAAUCUUGAAGAAAUUUUGAA